AUGUGUUUUGACCUGAACCCCAUUUCCUCCACGUGGUUGGAUUAUGUGUCCGUACUGAUGGUCCUGCUGAGCUGUUGGAGUCUGGCCAUGUACAAGCCUGGUGUCGAGAAAAGCUUCAUACAAGAGAUGGCGGAUGCGGUUGUGUUUGUGUUCUUCAUGGUGGAAAUGCUGAUGAAGAUGGUGGCCCUGGGAGCCUUUGGAUAUGAAGGGAGUUAUCUUCGCAGCAUCUGGCACAAGUUGGACUUCUUCAUCAACUGUGGAGAGGUGUUGGACUAUUUAAUGGAGUCCGUCGGCAUGCACCUGAAAUUCUGUCAAGUGCUCGGGCCUAUGCGACUAAUCAGCAGGGUCCCAAGUAUAAGAGGCGUGAUGACUGUCCUCAUAGACGCCAUGCCGAUGCUCGCAAACGUUCUCAUCCUCUACAUUUUUGUCAUCCACGUCUUCGGCGUGGUGGGAAUCCAGCUGUGGGCGGGGCAGCUGCGCAACCGCUGCUUCCUGGGGGAGGACAUUCCUGGAAUGUACAACGUGUCCUUAAGUCCAUUCUUCAUGACCAAGUACGGUGAAGAAUUCCCAUUUAUCUGUUCGCCUGACGCCAAGACCGGGAUGCGGCACUGCCAUGAUGUGCCACCUUACAGUGAGAACGGGCAGACCUGCUCGUUGGCUGCUCCCCACCAUGCUCCAGCUGACUUAUUCCCUACUGUGGCGAACGCCUGUGUGAACUGGAACUUGUACUACAACGUGUGCCGUGCCGGGGAACUCAACCCUCACAUGGGAGCCAUCAACUUUGACAACAUUGCCUACGCCUGGAUAACCAUAUUCCAGGUUGUCACACUGGAAGGAUGGUCUCCGAUCAUGUUUCAUGUGAUGGAUGCUUAUUCCUUCUGGAGUUUUCUAUUUUUCAUACUCGUCACGAUUAUGGGCUCCUUUAUCAUGAUGAAUGUGUGCGCAGUCGUCAUCGCCACCCAGUUCUCAGAGCACAUGAGGCCGGAGACAGAAGAGCAGAGUGCUGCUGCUGCACUAAUCACACGGCUCUGUCGCAAGUUUAUUAACUGGCUGCAGAGAAGCUACCGAGAUUACAAGAGACGUAACAGCGUGAGCCCUUAUGACAGUGACGACGGCAGGAUAGAUGCUUCACUGAUCUGUAGACCAUACCUGAGAAGAGUUAAGAAGAUUGUCAAUAGUAAACUCUUUGACCAAGUGAUCAUGGUUGCUGUUUUCCUCAGUAUUCUCCCCAUGGUCAUAGAGCAUCAUAAGCAGCCUAAGAAGUUAACAUCCAUGUUGCAGAUCAGUAACAUCAUCUUCACCGUUAUAUUUGUUGUGGAGAUGAUCUUAAAGCUGCUGGCUCUCAGUUGGAGAUACUUUAGGGACCGAAACAACUUAUUUGACUUUGUCAUCGUUAUCAUCAGUUUGUGGGAGAUAAUAGCUAAGUCGGAUGGCAGGUUGUCUGUCCUGCGUGCAUUUCGCUUGCUGCGGUUUGUGAGACUGCUCCACUUCCUCCCUUACCUGAAGAGACAACUGCUGGUGCUGAAGAGGGCCAUCGAAGAGGCUGCCAGUCUCUGCAUACUCCUGUUCUUUAUCAUUUUCAUGUUCAGUAUAAUGGGCAUGCACCUGUUCGGUGGACAUUUGACAUUCAAGACACCUCACGGAGACACUAUCGUUGACCGAAAAAACUUUGACACUCUGGUCUGGUCGAUGGUCACUGUGUUCCAGGUUCUGACUCAGGAGGACUGGAAUCUGGUGCUGUACAACGCCAUGGCUGCCACCUCCCCAUGGGCCUCUCUCUACUUUGUUGCGGUCAUUGCGGUGGGAAAGCACGUUCUUCUCAACAUCCUUGUGGGCAUAGUGGUUCAGAGCUUCCAUGAUCGGGGCCCCACAAGUUCAGAGCAAGACUCCUCUCUGUCUUCCUCUGGGUCUGCCAGCUCCACUCCGGCCAAUUCGACCCCUGAGAGCUCUUCAAAGGCAGAUGACAAUGAGGAAAAUAGCUCUCGCAGAAGAUCCGCUGCAGUUAACUCAGCCCCUGAGGAAGACUCUGCACCUUCAGCUACCAAUGUGGACAAUAAAUCUUUGAACAUGAUCCAGAAAGUGCUCCGCUGGUGCAAAGAGCAUGAAGACUGUUCAUUCUACAUGUUGUCUCCCAGGAACAAGUUCCGCAUCUUUUGCCAACGUUUGAUCUCUCACAAGAUGUUCGACCACAUGAUUCUGCUCUUCAUCGUCCUGAGCUGCAUCACCAUCGCUAUGGAGAGGCCUGGAAUAGACCCGAGGAGCACGGAGCGAUGGAUCCUGAAUGUGUCCCUUUACGUAUUCUCUGCUGUCUUCCUGGUCGAGAUGCUUUUUAAGGUUCUCGCUCUCGGCUUGCUGUUUGGGAAGGACAGCUACUGCAGCUCCUCCUGGAACGUCGUGGACGGUUUGUUGGUGAUCUUGUCUUUAGUCCACAUCUUUGUGUCUUUGGCCAGUUCAGGCAAAAAUAACAUGCUGGGCAUCCUCAAAGUGUUGCGCCUGCUACGCACACUUCGCCCUCUGAGGGUGAUCAAACGAGCCCCAAAACUGAAGCUCGCUGUGGAAGCUCUGAUCGCCUCGGUUAAACCCAUCGGGAACAUCGUAUUUAUUUCCUGUGUCUUCUUCAUUUUCUACGGCAUUCUUGGGGUGCAGCUGUUCAAAGGGAAGUUCUACUACUGUGUGGGUCCGGAUACGAGAAACAUCACCAACAGGAUGGAGUGCCUGUCGGCCAACUAUCGCUGGGUACGGAAGACGUACAACUUUGACAACCUGCCUCAGGCUCUGAUGUCCUUGUUCGUGAUGUACUCUCAGGACGGCUGGGUGAACCUCAUGUAUGACGGGCUGGAUGCUGUGGGAGUCGACAAACAGCCUGUGAGGAACCACAACCAGUGGAUGCUCAUCUUUUUCAUCACCUUCAUGAUCAUGAGCUUCUUUCUCCUCGACAUGUUUAUCGGCGUGAUGGUGGAGACCUUCCAUCAGUGUCAGCAGGAGCAAAAAAAAGGAGAUGAGGAAGCAUUGCAAGGCCAGUGCAUGGACACGUGUGUGGCAGUGCCUGAACAGCGGCCGUAUUACGCGGACUACUGCCCCGUGCGUCGCUCUAUCCACACUCUGAGCACCAGCAACUUCCUGGACCUCUUCAUGGCGUUUAUAAUUUUCAUCAGUGUCUUGAUGAUGGCUUUCGAACAUUAUAAUCAACCUCCGUAUAUAGACAAGCUGACCGAGUAUUCAUACUACGUGUUCACCGCCAUCCUGAUUGUCGAAGUCCUGCUGAAGCUCGUAGCAUUUGGCGUACGGAGGUUCAUGCAAAUCAGCUGGAAUCUGCUGGAUGUCGCCGUUGUCUUGAUUUCCAUCAUCUGCGCCAUUUUCAAUAAGACGAACAUGAAACACCGAUUCCCCAUAAAUCCCAGCAUCCUGAGAGUCCUGAGAGUACUCAGACUGGCACAAGUGCUGAAAGCCAAAAAGAUACGCGUUCUGCUGGAAACCAUCAUCAAGACGCUGUCACAGGUCGGAAAUAUUUGUCUGCUGUUUGCGUUCUUCUUUUUCAUCUACGCCGCGCUGGGAGUGGAACUCUUUGGCAAAUUAGAAUGCACCGAAGACUACCCGUGCCUGGGAUUACAUCGACACGCCAACUUUAAACACUUUGGGAUGGCCCUGCUCACGCUCUACCAAGUGUGCACCGGAGACAACUGGAGCGUCAUCAUGAAAGACACGUUGAGGGAGUGCCGCCCCGGCGACCACGGCUGUCUGAGCUACCUCUCCUGGGUCUCUCCGGUCUGCUUCUUCAGCUUCGUGGUCAUGGCCCAGUUUGUGCUGGUGAACCUGGUGGUGGCAGUGAUCAUGCAGGCUCUGGAGGACAGCACUGAGGAAAACCAACAACCUGCUAACUUGUGUCUCCCCCGAGAGGAAGAAGACGUGCCGGGCAGUGAGUGAGUCCCACUAAAUCCAGGAGACGGAGACAGAUCCAGAUCCAGAUCCAG